CUUUGUUUCAUGAAAUGUCAUAAUGUAGAAAAAUUUUUCAUGAUAUAGACAAGUGUUCCGAAUGUAGAAGAAUUUCUUUCAUUUUGCAUUGAUGUUGGUUGACUGGUUAAGGGUGUGUCCAAAAGUAUCUUCAGGUUGGGCAUGGAGGUACAUGCUACAUUUUGUAUAAACUCAUUUCCUUUUUUAGUGAUGAAAACACUUUGCUUGCCCCAGUUUUGGUUUAACUAUUGCUUUUUCUAAUCAAGACUGCUUUUACUAAUUCACAUUUUUAGAUGUCUCUGAUUUUGUGUCCUAGAAUUCCACAUACUCAUCAUUUCUUUGUAUUUCUUCUGUAGCAAAUAGUCAAAUGCUAGAAAAUGUCAGUAAACAUUAUUGGGUAGUAUUUUAAUAACCUAACUCGUGGAUCUCCUAACAACGUUAACAGUAGUACACAGAAUCACGUGUCAAAAUUGCCAAUUUAAGGACUUACUUUGCCUCCAAACUUAUUUCUUAGAAUACCACUGGGAGAAUUUGUAUAUACUAUGUAUAUAAAUAUGUUAAUACAUAUUUGCAAGAAUGACUGUUAGCAACAGAGCGGGCCAAGAAUACACACUUACAACAUGGCAGUGGCUUCAAGGAGGACUUGAUUAAAUUCUUGUCACUUCUUUCCUAUGCACUCCUGUCUUGGUUCCCAAAGAUGUUAGCCUUAACCUUCAACUCUGCAUGUUAGUUUCUUGCUCUUGAUUUGACUUGAAGCAGUGGAUUCCUGUGAACCAGUAACAUCCCUAGGUUGAUUGCUAGGCUUUAAUUCUCACAAGAGGAUUAUAAUACCUUUUCCCAAAUACUCAAUUGAUGUUUCUCAGGCUUUGGGAUUCAGUAAUACAUAAAUUUCCCAAGAAAUGUUGGGAAGGAAGUCUUGCAUAGAAAUACUAAUCGAGAGAUGUCACAAGGCAGGACUUGACGAAAGCCGAGCGUCAUAGGGUUUCCUGGCUGGUGAGCUCCCCAGGGCAGCUGCUGUGUCUCGUACAGCACAGCAUCUCUGGGACCCCCUUAGCACUUGACCCAAGGUGGGUGCCUGGUCCGCGGAGGGUGCUCCUUGAAAGUUGCUGACUGAACAGAUGGGUUUCCAACCAGUGGCUGGAAGCAGCGUAUAAACAGCUUUGGCUGACGAAGAUGAUUCAGGUUGUAGAGGUUUGUGGAAGAUGAGCUUGGAAAACUCUGAGGUCUCUGUUGUGCUAAGCCUUGAACGACAUGCAGAGAAGCUUGGAUUUUUCUAUUCCGGACUCUUACUGGGGAGAGAAUUGAACAUGACACAACUGAGUCUUCGUUGGCUCAGAGCCAUGCGAUGAGCUGAAAGCAGAAUAGCCUUUUUCCUCUCUAUUUUUUAUUUUAAAAAAGGUUACAGCUACAGAAAAGUUGACAGAAUAGCGCAAUGAACUUUCGUAUUUCCUUUACUGAGGUUCACCAAUCGCUAACAGUGUUACGUUUGCUUAACAUUAUGUCAUAGAUCAUCCACAUUCCAUAUUUGUUCUCUGGUUUCCUUGUCAUCGGGUUUCGGUUAACGUUUCUUAUGGGAGCCCGCGGAGGUGAUGAGUGCUUCCUGUUACUUCACAUAAGGAGGCAUGAUGAUGCCAGUUGCCCCUGUAAAGGUGAUGCUGACUUUAGUCACCUGGUAGGUUGGUGUCUCUGAAGGCUACUUUUGUUUUAAGGCAGAGAACUUUGGAAGGAACUUUUCAAUGACUUUUAGGAAUAACUGACAGCCAUGUUGGAAAAGAGACAGUUUCUCUGUCAGUUGCACCUGCUAUUGAGAAACAUCUUGGUGUAGUCAGAAAACCCCUGAGAGCCCGGAAACUGGCACUGGGAACCCAGCUCUACAGCCAUCUCUCCCCAUGACUGUAGACAAGUUAUGUCAUCUCUCUGGGCUGGGCGAUUGUACUUAUAAGCAAAUCGUCACUCAGAGAAAUGAAGCAGUUUGCCCAAGGCCACUCAGCUAGUGAGCGGCAGAGCUGGGGUUCAGACUCAGCUCUAGCUGGGACAAAGCCCUGCCCUUGCCCUCACCCCAGUCCGCCUUGUCUGGGAUGGCUGGUCACUGUUAGGGUGGCACCAGGCACUAGUGCUCAGAAGCAAAAGAACACCAGCACCUGGAGGAUGUGGGGAAAGAGGGAAGAGGAGGUGCCUGUCCCACCUGGGCUCUCCGCACGUGGCAGGCGGCUCCAUAGGAAGGUCAGCGGGCUGUCGGGCACUCCUCCGCCACCCUUGGAAUAAACGCUUUCGCACAGGUGUGACAGAGGCUGACAGGAACUGCCCUGUAGAGGUCCAUCUGUGUUCAGACCCAGAAGAUGCCAGAGCUAUGACCGGGCCUGCAGGUGUGGUGCCGAGGGGAAAUCAGCCAUGGAGCAGCCACCGGAGGAAGCCCCUGAGGUCCGGGAAGAGGAGGAGAAAAAGGAAGUGGCGAGGGCAGAAGGAGCCCCAGAACUCAAUGGGGGACCAGGGCACUCACUUCCUUCCAGCAGCUAUACAGACCUCUCCCGGAGCUGCUCUCCACCCUCACUGCUGGACCAGCUGCAGAUGGGCUGCGAUGGGACCUCAUGUGGCAGCCUCAACAUGGAGUGCCGGGUGUGCGGGGACAAGGCAUCAGGCUUCCACUACGGUGUUCAUGCGUGCGAGGGGUGCAAGGGCUUCUUCCGUCGAACAAUCCGCAUGAAGCUGGAAUACGAGAAGUGUGAGCGGAUCUGCAAGAUCCAGAAGAAGAACCGCAACAAGUGCCAGUACUGCCGCUUCCAGAAAUGCCUGGCGCUGGGCAUGUCGCACAACGCCAUCCGCUUUGGCCGGAUGCCAGAGGCUGAGAAGAGGAAACUGGUGGCAGGGCUGACGGCAAACGAGGGGAGUCAACACAACCCCCAGGUGGCUGACCUGAGGGCCUUCUCCAAGCACAUCUACAGUGCCUACCUGAAAAACUUCAACAUGACCAAAAAGAAGGCCCGUGGCAUCCUCACCGGCAAGGCCAGCCACACGGCGCCCUUUGUGAUCCACGACAUCGAGACAUUGUGGCAGGCAGAGAAGGGCCUGGUGUGGAAGCAGCUGGUGAACGGUCUGCCCCCCUACAAGGAGAUCAGCGUGCACGUCUUCUACCGCUGCCAGUGCACCACGGUGGAGACCGUGCGUGAGCUCACCGAGUUCGCCAAGAGCAUCCCCAGCUUCAGCGACCUCUUCCUCAACGACCAGGUGACCCUUCUCAAGUAUGGUGUGCACGAGGCCAUCUUUGCCAUGCUGGCCUCCAUCGUCAAUAAGGACGGGCUUCUGGUGGCCAACGGCACUGGUUUUGUCACCCGUGAGUUCCUGCGCAGCCUCCGAAAGCCCUUCAGUGACAUCAUCGAGCCCAAGUUCGAGUUUGCUGUCAAGUUCAAUGCCCUGGAACUUGAUGACAGUGACCUGGCUCUCUUCAUCGCGGCUAUCAUUCUGUGCGGAGAUCGGCCAGGCCUCAUGAACGUGUCACAGGUGGAGGCCAUCCAGGACACCAUCCUGCGCGCCCUCGAGUUCCACCUGCAGGCCAACCACCCUGACGCCCAGUACCUCUUCCCCAAACUGCUGCAGAAGAUGGCUGACCUGCGGCAGCUGGUCACCGAGCACGCCCAGAUGAUGCAGCGGAUCAAGAAGACGGAGACCGAGACCUCGCUGCACCCCCUGCUCCAGGAGAUCUACAAGGACAUGUACUGAGGGCUUC